UCCUAUCGCCGCCGCCUCCCUGUGCAGGAAUCCCAGGAAAGAUGAAUCUUCGCUUCGCUGAGACGCGGCCGGGCACCGAUCUGGGUCCCCGGGGCGCGGGGCGCCCAUAAAGUCCGCACCGGGAGGGGCGGAGAGCUAGAGGUUCGGCUUGGUUUUCCGCAGCUCCCCACGCCGCCAUCCCCUCCUUGUUGGCUCCCCGGAUUGCCCGUCCCUGCCCAGCCUUGUGGGUCGGCGGCCGCAUUGGCGUUAACGCGGCAUCGGCAGCAUUUGCACCCACGGCAUCCGCCAAGGCGACGGGAGCAGCAUGGCCAGCCCCCCGGAGGGUGACGGCUUCUUCUCCGACGUGCGGAAGGUGGGCUACCUGCGCAAACCCAAGAGCAUGCACAGACGCUUCUUCGUGCUGCGGGCGGCCAGCGAGGCCGGAGGCCCGGCCCGGCUGGAGUACUACGAGAACGAGAAGAAGUGGCGGCACAAGGCCGGGGCCCCCAAGCGCUCCAUCCCGCUGGAGAGCUGCUUCAACAUCAACAAGCGGGCCGACUCCAAGAACAAGCACCUGGUGGCCCUGUACACCCGGGACGAGCACUUCGCCGUCGCGGCCGACAGCGAGACGGAGCAGGACAGUUGGUACCAGGCCCUGCUGCAGCUCCACAACCGGGCCAAAGGGCACCACCACCACCACCACCACCCUCCUCACCACGAGACGGCCUCCGCCGCCUUGGGAGGGGGCGUUGGCGGCGGCGGCGGCGGCGUCGGCGGGAGCCUGGAGGCCGGGGAGGACGGCGGCUACGGGGAGGUGGCCCCGGGACCGGCCUUCAAAGAGGUCUGGCAGGUGAUCCUGAAGCCCAAGGGCCUGGGCCAGACCAAGAACCUGAUCGGCAUCUACCGGCUCUGCCUGACCAACAAGACCAUCAGCUUCGUGAAGCUCAACUCGGAGGCGGCGGCCGUGGUCCUGCAGCUGAUGAACAUCCGGCGCUGCGGCCACUCGGAGAACUUCUUCUUCAUCGAGGUGGGGCGCUCCGCCGUGACCGGCCCCGGCGAGUUCUGGAUGCAGGUGGAUGACUCGGUGGUGGCCCAGAACAUGCACGAGACCAUCCUGGAGGCCAUGCGGGCCAUGAGCGAAGAGUUCCGGCCCCGCAGCAAGAGCCAGUCGUCGUCCAACUGCUCCAACCCCAUCUCGGUGCCCCUGCGCCGCCACCACCUCAGCAACCCCCCGCCCAGCCAGGUGGGGCUCAGCCGCCGCUCCCGCACCGAGAGCGUCACCGCCACGUCGCCCGCCGGCGGGGCCGGGGCCAGGCCCAACUCCUUCCGGGUCCGCGCCUCCAGCGACGGCGAGGGCACCAUGUCGCGCCCGGCCUCGGUGGACGGCAGCCCCGUGAGCCCCAGCACCAACCGGACUCACUCGCACCGGCACCGGGGGAGCUCCCGCCUGCACCCGCCCCUCAACCACAGCCGCUCCAUCCCCAUGCCCUCGUCGCGCUGCUCGCCCUCGGCCACGAGCCCCGUCAGCCUGUCGUCCAGCAGCACCAGCGGCCACGGCUCCACCUCGGACUGCCUCUUCCCCCGGAGGUCCAGCGCCUCGGUGUCGGGCUCCCCCAGCGACGGGGGCUUCGUCUCCUCGGACGAGUACGGCUCCAGCCCCUGCGACUUCCGCAGCUCCUUCCGCAGCGUCACCCCGGAUUCCCUCGGCCACACGCCCCCGGCCCGGGGGGAGGAGGAGCUGGGCAACUACAUCUGCAUGGGGGGCAAGGCCGCGCCCGGCCUGACGGCCCCCAACGGCCACUACGUCCUGCCCCGGGGGGGCGGCGGCCUCCGCUGCCCCUCCGGCCCGGGCCCGGCGCCGGGCCGGGCGGGCGACGAGGCCGCCGCCGGCGACUCGGAGAAGGGGUUCCGGAAGAGGACCCACUCGGCGGGCACGUCCCCGACCACCUGCCACCAGAAGACGCCCUCUCAGUCCUCCGUGGCUUCCAUCGAGGAGUAUACCGAGAUGGUGCCCUCCUGCCCGGGGCCUGGACCGGGGGGCCGGCUGCCCUCUCACCGCCAUUCGGCCUUCGUGCCCGCCCGUCCCUACCCCGAGGAGUGUCCGGAGGCGCACCCUCCCGCCGGAGGGUGCGGCGGCCACCACCGGCACCGGCCCAACCCCCCGGGGCCCCACACGGACGACGGGUAUAUGCCCAUGUCCCCCGGGGUGGCCCCAGUGCCCGGUGGCCGCAGAGGGGGCGGGGACUAUAUGCCCAUGAGCCCCAAGAGCGUGUCCGCCCCGCAGCAGAUCAUCAACCCCGGCCGGCGCCACGCCCAGCGGGUGGACCCCAAUGGCUACAUGAUGAUGUCCCCGAAUGGCAGCUGUUCGCCCGACGGGGGCGGCGGGGCCGGCGGCGGCGGCGCCGGGGCCGGCGGCGGCUGUGGGAAGCUGUGGCUGAACGGGGGUGGAAACCAUCAUCACCACCACCACCAUCACCGCCACCACCACCCGAAGGCCUCCGGAGAGAGCAGCGACGGGAAGCUGUUACCUGGCAGCGGCGACUACAUCAACAUGUCCCCGGCGGGGGACUCCACCGCCGGCAGCCCCUCGGACUGCUACUGCGGGCCCGGCGACCCGCCCCACAAGCCCGUCUACUCCUACUUCUCGUUGCCCCGCUCCUUCAAGCACACCCAGCGGCGGGGCGAGGCCGAGGACGCCGGCCACCAUCACUUGCGCCUCUCGGUCAGCUCUGGCCGACUCCUCUACGCGGCAGCAGCUGAAGAUUCCUCCUCGUCCACCAGCAGCGACAGCCUGGGAGGGGGCCAGGAGGGCGGCCACCCCCCCCAGGCGCCGCAGCAGCAGCAGCAGCAGCAGCCGCCUCGCAAAGUGGACACGGCCGUGCAGACCAGGGGCCGCCUGACCAGACCCACCCGACUGUCACUGGACGGGCCCAAGGCCAGCACGUUGCCCAGGGCGCGGGAGCAACAGCAGCCGCUGCUGCUUCCUCCGGAGCCCAAGAGCCCGGGGGAGUACGUGAAUAUCGAGUUUGUGGGCGACCCGCCCGGCUUCUCGCGGGGUCCCGCCGUCUCCCUCUGCUCCUCCGCCGUCCGGUGCCAGCCUCAGCUGCACCCCGCCCCCCGGGAGGAAGAGGCCAACUCCGAGGAAUACAUGAACAUGGACCUGGGGCCUCACCGGCGGCCCACCUGCCCGGAAGGCCGCGCGGCUAAACCGGGCCGAGGGGGAACCCUACCGGCGGGGACGGGGACCGGAGGCGUCGGCCGGCCCGGCCGAGCGAUGGCGGGCGGCCGGGAUUACGUGACCAUGCACGUGGGUGGGCCUUGCCCGGGCUGGGCGGAGACGCCCCCGGCCGUCCUGCUCAGCUACCCCGACGCGCGGGCGGGCCGCCCCGCGGAGACGUCGAGUCCCCCGCCUUCGACGGCCCAGGCCCCGUCUUCCUCCGCCGCCUCCCCUUCCUCGUCCUCCUCCCCCCAACACCGAGGCCAGGCGGAGCUGGCCGGGCACACGGCUCUGCUUGGCGGCCCCCAGGGGCCGGGGGCGAUGAGCGCCUUCACCCGGGUGAGCCUCAGCCCGGGCCGCAACCAGAGCGCCAAGGUGAUCCGGGCCGACCCGCAAGGGUGCCGGAGGAGGCACAGCUCGGAGACCUUCUCCUCCGCCUCGGGCGCCUCCCGGGGCAACGGCCUCGCCCUGGCCUACGCGGGGAGUGCCGGUGGCGGGGCCGCUGGGGCCGGCGGCGAGGACGUGAAACGCCACAGCUCUGCCUCCUUUGAAAACGUGUGGCUCAAGCCCGGGGAGCUGGGGGGCCCUCCCACCAGGAGGGAGCCACCCCAGCCCUGUGCCGGUGGAGGAUUGGAGAACGGACUCAACUACAUCGACCUGGACUUGGCCAAGGAUUUUAAUCACCGCCCCCAGGAGUGUCCCCCCGGGCUCCAGCCUCCUCCUCCUCGUCAGCCUUGCGGCAGUGGGAGCAGCCGCUCCAGUGAGGAUUUAAGCGCCUACGCGAGCAUCAGCUUCCAGAAGCCACCCGAGGACCUCCAGUAGCAUUAUGGAAAAUUCAGCAGAAUGAAGACCUAUACAACCUCAGCAAAUUCUUCUUUAACUCAUGGGUAUCCGGACUCUAAAAGCUUCAUGUAUCACAACUAGGACCUCAGAUCCUCUUCCUCAAUAGAUGGUACGAUACAUCCAGUUUAGUUUGUUUACUUUACACAAACCUCAGGAGUUAGUUGACUGAACCGCACAUUCUCUAUUGUAACCAAGCAAAAAAGCACUGUGACAAACCAGGACAUAGAGUCUGCCUAACUUCAUCCUCAAAAAUCCUACAAGGACUUUAGCUGACCACCAUGAACUGAUGUGCACACCACUAUAUCAUGUGAGAAUGGGUUUACUAUUAGCACAUUUACACAGUACAUUAAAUUUCAUUUGCUGCUGAAAACCUGACAAAUCAUCAGUGUAAAUUAUUACGUACAAAACUUUUAAUGUGGGUUGAAGAGUAUUAAAUAUUUAACAUAGGUUUUGAUUUAUACAUGUAAUUUUUUAAUUAAAAGGUAACUCUUUUCCUACAACACAUCUUUUUUUUGGAUGUGGAACUGAGGUAUACUAUGAUCUGUUGUAAACAGAGUGGGAAAACUGCUUAAAACAAGGCUAAUAAGAAUAGAGUAGGGUACUAUUCUUGUUUUAAGAUUAUAAUUCAGAAAAUAAUAUAAUAUAAAUCACAGGCCUUCAAAUGGCCUUCGAUUGUACAGUUAUAUUUACUGAUACUGUCUCUUGUAACAUAACCCCAAUAUGGAGCUGAAUUCCUUCCAAAAAAUAAUAAAUUUUGUACUUCUCCUGUAAGACAGUAGGCUGUGUCAACCAAACAGAAGACAAAUUUACUGUAUUUGGUAUUUGCAAGUUUCAGCUCGAAUUCAUCAAUUGCACAAAAAAAUGAGAAAAAAUCAAAGUCUUCCGCUGUAUAUAUUGUAAAAAAAAAAAAGCAAUUUGGGUGAAUCCUUCAAAUCAAAACUCUCCUUGGAAUGAACAUUGUGGGUGUUUGUAAAUUCUGGAAAUCUCUUUCUAUGGUAAUAAACUAGAUACUGUUUAUCUUUUUUUCUUCCCCUCUUGUAAGUUGUCUAUCCCUUUUCCUCUAAUCUUUCAGUGCACACAAAUAUUUUAUUCCUGUUUUGUCUUGAGAAUGGUGAGGCAAGUAAGUGCUUGCUAUAUUGAAAUUAAAAUUCCAGAGAGGGUAUUACUACAACAAGGAGAACUCAUCUCACUCUACUUAAAACAAACAAACAAAAACCCCCUUAUCUCAUGUUUUCUGAGAACUUUGGGUGUAAAGUCUUUAAAAGAAUGUAAUUGACCCAUUGCGCUUACAGAGCCCUGGCCUGUUGACGAUUAUUUAAUAAAGCACAGGUGUAUAGAGCACUUAAAGGGAAAAUAGCGUACCAUGUACACAUCGUAUCAGUGGAGAAAAACAGAGUUCUAUCCUUUUCCUGUUUGAGAGGGUGGUGCAUCUUGGGAUUUUUCUUUGAGAAAGAAUAAAUUGUAUUGAACAUGUCUUUCAAGAAAUAAUAUUGCCUGCAGAUCUUUUUGUUUUAAUCAGUGAACGUUCUAAUGGUUUAACUUCAAUAGUCUAUCCGGCACUAAUCUCCUCUGGUUUUCUCCACACACCCUGCUCUGCAAGAACAGAAAAACCGCAGGGGAUGGAGUUAAAAUGAGACUCCUCAUCCUCUACGAGGGCUGUGCUACUGUUGACUAAACCUAAUGGCACGUAUCUCUCCGCCAUUUACCUUGUACAUAUCUCAAGCAUCAGCACAAUAUUUUACAUGUUCUGCAAAGAAUAGGUGUCUAGCCAUAAGCAUCCAUUGAACUUUUUCCAAAGGACUUGCUGGACACACUUAUUGGUUUUAGUAUAGAAUGCUAUUUUCAUAAAUAUAUUUUUGAUAAAAACCUGGCCUUUAAAGACCUUUGCCUUUCAUAUAAUUUGAGGUUCAUAGCCAAAUGGAUUUGCCUCUGUUUUUUCUUUGUUUUGACUCAUCCUUUUUUCCUCCAAGAUUUCCUGAGUUCUUAUCAAAUAAAUGACCAUAAUCAGCACCACCUGCUUCCCAUCAUACUGCUUAUUUCUCUCUAUAGAACCCAUGACUCUUUCAGGUAUGUAUUUUACAGACAUUAUCUAUCCCUCCAGGGAAAAUUGACAAGGACACAUUUGGCUAAGAAAAGAACUUAAGGGAGAAGGGAAUACCUUCCUAAACUUGGAUGUCAUGGGAGGUUUGAGUGACCAAUUGGUAAGGGAGAAGACUCUCCUCUUGUAGCUCCUAAAUUUUGAUGAUGAUGGUAUUUCUUAGGUUCUUACUAUGGGCCAAGCACUGUACUAAAUCCAUAGAGUUGGUACAGAAUAGUCAGAUUGGACACAGUCCCUGUUCCACACAGGGUUUACAGACUAAAAGAUGGAGAACGGUAAUUUUAUUCCCAUUGUACAGACUGGGAAAGUGAGGCACAGAGAGGCAAAGUGACUUGCUUGGAGGUCACACAGCAGGCAGUGGUGGAGUUGGAACUAGAACCUGGAUCUCCUGACUCCCAAUCCCAUACAGGUCCCUCUUGUCCAGACUGCCCCGACCAAACUGCUCAGGUCUUUCCUGACCCUGGGUUCAUCAACAUCCACUGGAGGUCUUGCUGGGUGUUUAUUUUAUCCAAAAUUCUGUAUAAGGACUAAAGCACCCUCCAAGAAUUUGCAGUCUAAUGGGGCUGGGGUAAAGAGAGCAAGUGAGAAACAAUGUAGCCUAGUGGAAAGAACAUGGGCUUGGGAGUUAGAGACCCUGGUUCUAAUCCCAUCUCUACCACUUGUCUCCUGUGUGACCUUGGGCAAGUCUUUUAACUUCCCUGGGCCUCAGUUACCUCAUCUGUAAUGGGGAUUAAGAGCCCCAUCUGACACAUGGACUCUGUCCAACCUGUUUAUCUAGUAUCUACCUCAGCACUUGGUAGAGUACCUGGCACAUAGCCCUUAACAAAUACCAUUUAAAAAAAAAAUGUUACUCUGCUGAAUUUGAUAACGUACAGUUGUGGUUAUGAGGAAAACACAGAGUAAUGGGUGUCUUGAUAACUAUCAAGUGCUCUGUGCUGUAUAGGCCAAGAUCAAUAGGAGCUGAGUGGUUUCUACCCAACUAAAAGAACAAUCAAAGACUUAAAAACUAAUCAGUGGCUAAAAUUUGGAAUCUUAGUCAUCUCCCUUGAUGUCAAACUGGAGGUUCUUUCGUAAUGGAUCCACAUUUCAUAGAGCCCUGUUUUAAAUAUCCUGCGUCGGAAGGACAAGUAUAUAUUUCACUAUGAUGGUAAAAAACAUUCUGGGAGAAAGGUCAUCUUAUCUUUAAGCUAAUGUCAGUAUUAGGGUAAAGAUGAAUUAGAAGGUGAGGCUGUAUUUCUGGCUAUUUCCUUGAUAUCUCUCUUAAAAGAUCAGUGUACCUUGAAUACAAUAUGUAUUUAUUGUUAAGUUUCUAAGAGGAAAUAAAAUGCAUUAAAAUGAAAGGCAAGUUUCUUAGCCUUUAUCUCCUGGGCUUUUAUGCUUGUAAAUCCCCCUAUUUUGCCUUUUUAAAAUUGAGCCUUUGUGAAGUGCAACUUACUAUAUUAAAGUUUGGAGCUUCUUUAA